CAUACAGUAGCUUACUUUAGGGAAUAUCAGUCUAAACGGCAAGUUAAAUGUAUUAUGACAUCAUCAUAAGUUGUGGACAUGUGACGAAAACACAACGAGGUCACAGAUCAUCUGGAAGGGUAACUUUGUUUUUCUGCUGUUUCCACCGGCAGAAUGUCGUCCAUUUUGGCGCUGACAAGGCCGAGUCUUGUUCACAGGCUUUGUGUGAAUGCCAGCCGUCCAGCUGUCUGCGUUACAGGUACCCGGCUCCUCCAUAGAGAGCCGCUGGAUGAGGAGUGGGCCCAGCUGGCCAAGAAGCAGCUCCGUGGGGCAGAUCCAGCUGAGAAACUGACAUGGCACACACCUGAGGGUAUUGAUGUAAAGCCACUUUAUACCAAGAAGGACACAGCCAAUAUUGAACAUGAGAUCCCAGGAAAAUACCCCUUCACCAGAGGACCAUAUCCCACCAUGUACACUGGGCGACCGUGGACCAUCCGUCAGUACGCAGGUUUCAGUACGGUUGAAGAGAGUAACAAGUUCUACAAGGAGAACAUCAAGGCUGGUCAGCAGGGCCUGAGUGUGGCCUUUGACCUGGCCACACAUCGAGGCUACGACUCGGACAAUCCCAGGGUGCACGGGGAUGUCGGGAUGGCAGGUGUUGCAGUUGACAGUGUGGAGGACAUGAAGGCCCUGUUUGACGGAAUCCCACUGGAGAAGAUGUCCGUUUCCAUGACGAUGAACGGGGCUGUCAUCCCGGUCAUGGCCAUGUUCAUUGGAGCAGGGGAGGAACAGGGUGUGAGUCCCUCCCAACUCACAGGGACCAUACAGAAUGACAUUCUGAAGGAGUUUAUGGUGAGAAACACCUACAUCUACCCACCUGAUCCCUCUAUGAGACUCAUCGGUGACAUCUUUGAGUAUACCUCACAGAACAUGCCCAAGUUCAACUCCAUCUCCAUCUCUGGGUACCACAUGCAAGAGGCCGGGGCAGACGCCAUCCUGGAGCUCGCCUUCACCAUCGCGGACGGGCUGGAGUACUGCCGCACGGGUCUGAAGGCCGGGCUCGACAUCGACAAGUUCGCUCCCCGCCUCUCCUUCUUCUGGGGGAUCGGCAUGAACUUCUAUCUGGAGAUUGCCAAGAUGCGGGCGGCGCGGCGGCUGUGGGCUCACCUCAUGAAGGAGAAGUUUGGAGCGAAGAAGGAGAAGUCUCUGAUGCUGCGCGCUCACUCGCAGACCUCCGGAUGGUCUCUCACCGAGCAGGACCCCUACAACAACAUCAUGAGGACGACCAUAGAGGCCAUGUCCGCCGUCUUCGGAGGCACGCAGUCUCUACACACCAACUCAUUCGAUGAAGCCCUGGGGCUGCCCACCGUUACAAGUGCCCGCAUUGCCCGCAACACCCAGAUCAUCCUGCAGGAAGAAACAGGCAUCCCUAACGUGGCCGACCCUUGGGGAGGGUCCUACAUGAUGGAAUCUCUCACUGAUGAGGUUUACGAAGCAGCGUUGGGUGUGAUUAACGAGGUAGAGGAGAUGGGAGGGAUGGCUCGAGCGGUGGCGGAGGGAAUGCCGAAGUUGAGGAUCGAGGAAUGUGCAGCGAGACGGCAGGCUCGGAUCGACUCAGGACAGGAAGUCAUCGUGGGGGUCAACAAGUACAGACUGGAGAAGGAGGAAACUGUUGAGGUACUGUCCAUAGACAACACUGCUGUACGGGAGGCCCAGAUGGAGAAGCUACGCCAGCUGAAGGCAUCACGAGACAACAGUAAGGCAGAAGCUGCACUGGAAGCCAUCAGACGGGGGGCUGAGGGAGAUGGCAACAUGCUUUCCCUGGCCGUGGACGCAGCCCGCGUUCGUUGUACCGUCGGGGAGAUCUCGGACGCCAUGGCAUCCGUGUUCGGCCGCCACGUUGCCAGCGACCGCAUGGUGAGUGGUGCGUACAAGUCGGAGUUUGGUGAAUCGGAAGAAAUCCAAAAUGCCAUGCGGAGAGUGGAGGGGUUCAUGUCCGCUGAAGGGCGGCGGCCACGAAUCCUGGUCGCAAAGGUCGGCCAAGACGGCCACGACAGGGGGGCAAAGGUCAUCGCCACGGGUUUCGCAGAUCUCGGGUUUGAUGUGGACAUCGGGCCGCUGUUCCAGACGGCCGCGGAGGUGGCCCAGCAGGCAGUCGACGCCGACGUCCACGUGGUCGGGGUGAGCACGCUCGCUGCCGGACACAAGACCCUGGUCCCCGAACUGAUCCACGAGCUGAAGGAGAUGGGACGCGGGGACAUCAUCGUGGUGUGCGGGGGAGUGAUCCCGCCAACUGACUACGACUAUCUGUACGCGGCGGGCAUCACCAGCAUCUUCGGCCCCGGUACCCGCAUCCCCAUCGCAGCCAUGGAGGUGCUGGACAACAUCGAGACAUCACUGAAGAAGAAACAACAUGCCUUGUAGAGUCUAUCUGUAUGCAUGUCAGCACAACGUACUGCACUUGUGCAAAACCCAGAUUUAUCAUGGUUUCUAUUGGUCGUUUGGUAAUUGUUGCAUCAGAAUUUUGGCAACUACAGAUAAUAUAUUUUCAAACACAGCAUUUGAAAACUAUAGAUGGGAUGACAUUCUUAAAUACACAAAUACAAGUUUAAAAGAGAUGUUGUGAUAUACACAAUACUUUACAGGUUUUGCAGUACGUUUUGCCAACUUGUUCUAUCUGUGCUGACAAUGAUCCUAGGAGAUGAAAGCUGCCAAACGUACAUGAACAACUAAUCUUAACAUUUUGCUGCUGUGAUUUCCUGAGCAGAUGUGCCUGAUAAUGGAAGAUACACGUAUAAAUCUUUUAGACAUGGUGAAAGAUAUGAGUGAAAUAUUAAUUACAUAUUUGUUGUUGUAGGUGUAUGUAUGUACUAUAACUUAUAUCUGGCCAGACAACUAGACAGAAAAUGAACACAGAAAAUUGUCUCCUUUUCCUUUAUUUUCAAAUUAGUGUUCAAACAAAAUACAAGUUUAACAUGUAAUCAGUACAAUUACACAGUUGGCAAUGAUCUUUUUAAGUAAUGUGUGUUUCUCAACCCGUUUAUUUUCCAGCAGAAAAGUUCUCUUGGAAUGUUAUUAAAGAAACUGCGACAGACAAGGACAAAACCAGCGAAGCACAGCUUUGUAUGACCCCAGGAGGCUUCUUCUGACCAAGACUGCUGGCAUCACAGGGUUCAUAUCUGUCAUUUCCAACAAUAUUGAAAUGCCUCUCUAGUCCAGAUAUACAUUUGAUCCACUCAAAUGACUGACCACAAAGUACUUAAAUUCACUUUGUCUUCAUGGUAGAUAAAUUUUAUGGUCUGAGGAAAAUGGAAAUUAAUUUUCAUACUGGCAAAUGAUUUGGUAACAGUAAUGAUAAGUUACUGGUACAGAACUGACCAUGAACAUAAAAGUACCGCGAAAAAUAACAAAAUACAGUACAUUAUUAGAAGUUAGGAACAGGUUCAAUUGUUGACAGAUGACACACCAGCCUGUGUUGCCAGCAGUUUUUGCGAGUCUGAAUUCACCUAUUCUGCACAUUUAAAAUUUAAAUAUUUUCUUUUAAAGAAAUGUUUUGAUUGUUUUAACAUAAAAGAUUGCUUCUUGUUACCAUUCCCCAAGCACCAUGAUACAGCUACAAAUUGAGAAAGGAAAAAAAAAACACAGCUUUUGACACCUUACACACUAGACCAACAUGUCAUGUAAUACACCAAAUGUUUCUUCACUAAGGUGAGGACAUACGUCUCAUAAGAUGUUCUUUCUACAACUUUGCAAGCAUCCUAGAUUCAGGAUCAAUUAUAAGAACAUUGACAGGGUAAAUUAAAAGCCAUGCUUUUUCUGCAUAACAUUGCAUAAGGGCACACUGUCAAUGCAAUUGAAUAAAGAUUAAAAGAAAAUAAGACAGGUAAUUCAACCAAAAUGAUCCUUACUUGAGCAUGUGUUGAUUACUAGUAACUUAACAUGUAAUUUUUACAUGUAAUUUUUACAUGUAAUUUUUACAUGUAGUUAUAACCGCUGCGGAUGACACAGUGUAAUAUAUUUCAGUAAAAUUUCUUUCAAACAAAAACGAAAGACAACUUAAUAUGGAUAAAAUAGCAGAAAGAUGGAAGGGGAAUAGAAAGAACAGUCCAGCAAUGCUCAUUCAAUGUUAACCAAGUGCUCAUUUACAUCUCUGAUGCAUUCCUUUAGCAAUGGUGUAAUAUCGACACCCCCCCUAUACAGCAUGGUAGGCCACACGUGGACAUGGGGAAGUCUUUACAAAUCCAGCAAAUAACAAAAAAAAAAUUGACAACUACAAAUCAGCUAAUAGAACAAAGACAUUCUCAGUACCAGGUAUGUUGAGUACAUACAUCCUUCAACCUUAGACAUACAUGUACAUGUAUCCACCUCUCAAGUGGUAAAACAUUUGCUGGAUUUUUUUCUGUAGCAGUGUGUGUGUCACAAUACAAAAGCUUUGCAUAAGACAACAGGAAAAAAAUGGUGAUGACAACAAUUCAACAGGCAAUGCUACAUAUACAAUGACAUGUACUAUGUGCCGAUUAAAUAAUUGAGACUGUACAACAGUUUGCUGAUGUGAUGGCAAAAUACCCAGACUACAUGGACAGAGUAGUACACAUUUUUUACAUGUAUUCAGAACUUUACACAACAAUUCAUAUGCCUCCUCAAAAAAAAAAAA